CAAUACCUUGGAAAGUCUUCACAUUCAGAUCAGCGCCAUGUUCAGGGUCGUCUUCUUCUUCGGGCUGUGCUUGGUUUCACAAGCUUUAAUAUUCGGUUCAAAAGAAACAUGUUACCAGCCUUAUGGUUGUUUCUCCAAUGCUAAACCGUUUAAUAACGCGAAGAGUAAUCUACCCGAUUCCCCACAACACCAGCAAAUAUCCUUCCAUCUGUAUACCCGACAGAGUGGCCACAGUUAUCAGACAAUCAGAGAACAUGACCAUUCCAGCAUUCAGAAAAGUCAUUUUAAACAUCACGCAAAGACAGUUUUCAUAAUACAUGGCUUUACUAGCAAUGGCCUUGUUGAUUGGCUUGUGACCAUGGCUUCUGAAAUUCUCAAACACGAAGACGUCAACGUAAUAGGUGUUGAUUGGCAGAAAGGCGCUGCCCAUGUCAACUAUUUUAAAGCCGUGGCUAAUACAAGAGUAGUUGGUGCUGUAGCUGCUCAACUUAUCAAAGAUUUGAGGUCAGUUGGCGGAAUCAGUUACUCCAAUGUCCACGUCAUUGGUCACAGUCUGGGUUCUCAUAUUGCUGGAUACAUUGGAGAAAUUAUUCCAGGGUUGGGAAGAAUAACUGGUUUAGAUCCUGCUGGUUUGUCUUUUGAAAACUAUGAUGUCAAAGUCAGACUUGACCCUUCUGAUGCUACUUAUGUGGAUGUAAUACACUCAGAUGCUGGAACUCUUUUUACAUUGGCAUUUGGUUUAGCUAAAGCAAUUGGUGACACAGAUUUUUAUCCAAACGGUGGAAGAAAUCAACCAGGAUGUCCCCACGUUGGUAACCAUGCUCUCGAUCUCAUCACCGGACAAAUUGAUACUAUAACGAGCAAGGUUGGGUGUAAUCAUCACAGAGCCAUUGAUUAUUUUACGGAGUCUAUCAAUGGUGGGUGUGUCUUUACAUCCCAUCCCUGUAGCUCUGAGAGUCAAUAUAAUAGUGGCCAUUGUAAAAGUUGUGGUCAUGGUUGCGCUGUAAUGGGAUACCACACACAACCACAUCAUUACCAUGGUAGUUUCUAUCUGAAUACAAAGAGUCACCAUCCAUUCUGUACCCAAUCUAGGAGGUCCUUACGCAGAGGAAUAGAAAAUUUCUUUAAACAAUAAAUGAAGUACAAGUGAAA